GUGCUUGGUAAAUAAAAUAGGCUUCGUUUGUGUGGAAAUAUUGCAGCCUGUACAGCGAUUUAAAAGUUAUAAACGGUACAAACUAAAUGGUUAUAGAUGCGAAUAAGAUAAAUCUUGUUUCGAGUGACAAUAGUUAAUAUUAUAAUGCAUUGAUUAUACACGGCGCGGUACAGCUUUGGAACAAUGGUAUACAACAGGAUAUGAAAUCAUCUAUGCUCGAGCGAUCGGAGCUCUAAGACGUUAUGUAGCUACCGGUUACAAACCAAUUUACAGAUCUUAUUAUAGGUGCAAUCUACAUAGGUAGAUAACAGGUAAACUGUAUUAUUGGCAUUGGCGAUUACGCUGGUACCAUAUCACAGGUUUGGAGUGUAUUACGUCACGAUGACGUUGAAAAUUGGUAUUGCUGUGUUUCUAGUACUGUAUGUGGCGCAAGGUGUGGCGGGUAAAGGCCUAACGAGAAAUAAAAGAGCUUUCGUUGAUGCUGCUCAACUCAGCACAUUGAACAUUACAAACGGAUUACAACUGACGAACUACGUGAACAUGAAUGCGUCUCUUAACAUUUCUUGCUCAGCAAAAUCUGUCAAUAUGAGUAUCAGCCUUGCGUACUUAAGUGGCUUUAAUGUCGCUUCAAUAAAAGAACUUGUUCUACUUGACAAAGACCACAAACCAAUCAAUGACAGCAGUUGUAGGGCAACUUCUGACGGCUCCAGUUACAAAUUUUCUAUACAUGGCGCAUUUGGAAUGUGUGCGAAAAAGGUUGAAUCACAUCAAGGGCUAAUAUUGGUCAAUUACACAAUCCUAGUCGUCUCUCAACCACAAGGCAUAGUUUCAAGAGAUUCAACAAACUUCAUUCAGAUGAGCUGUGCUUACAGGCGUGAAUUAAACGCAACACUUGCUAGGGAAAUUAUAGCACAGACAGCGCGUGAACAUAUACAAGUCGCGCCUAAGCUUGGAGACCUUCGGCUUGAGUUGAAACGCCUCAACAGCACAGGACAAGUUGAAACAAGUUCAGAUGUUAUAGUUGGGAAUACCGUCUACUUUGGUAUGGACCUCCCAACCACAUCUGCCCGGUACAAUCUAUUUAUUCAGGCUUCCAGGUGUUGGAUUACACCAUCAGCGAAUGCUUCAACACCAACAUAUAAUGUCAUUAGUAAUGGAAUUGCUGCCCCCGACUCUUCCAUGCCUAAUGCAAACAUUGUGACUGAAAACAACGCAGUGAGGCUCCGAGCAUCCUUUGUGUCUUUUAUCUGGUUUGGCAUGCCUGUUGACAACCAAUGGUUGUACCUUCACUGUAAUGUUCGGGUUUGCGACAAUUCUGUUAACAGUAACAUGUGUUCAACUCCUAUUGGCAGAAGAAGACGUUCUGUAGAUGUGGAAAAGAAACACACGAUUGGACCUUUUAAAUUACAUAAAGCUGCUUCACAUAGCUAUUGCAACAAGGAUGAAAUGAAGUGUGAACAUGACUGUGCAGUUGCUAAUAACGGUCAACAUAUUUGUACUUGUCCAUAUGGUUGGAUACUUAGUCGUAAUGAGAAAAGUUGCUACAAGCAUAACCCUGCAGCUGAAAGGAUUCAUCUUGAAAUGAAAUAUGCCAUGGAUUCGUUGGAUACUAACAUUCAUACAGUAUCUCUGAUGUUGGGUGGACUAAUUGUGUUAGUCACCAUUGCUAUUGUGAUGUCACAUCGUGAGAAGUAAAGGCACAACUAAACAAAUUAAACUACGCAGCCUAAUGUUAAACCAACAUUCUUUCAAGCAUACAAAACAUAAGUCUCUAUUACUGUAAAUAUUUUCACCAUGUGUAUACGGAAAAUAAAAUUCGAGAUGAAAAA